AUGACUGCACGUGUUUCCUUGCAGACAUUAAGCAUGGCUUGCAUGUUGGGCUUUAUCUCCAGUUUCUACAACACAAAGUCCGUAGUGCUGUGCACAGGUGUCACUGCCCUAGUGUGUUUGUGUGUCACCAUCUUUAGUUUUCAGAGCAAGAUUGACAUCACUUCUUUCCAAGGUCUUCUCUUUAUUCUAUGCAUGGUGAUGUUUUUCUGUGCUCUUGUAAUGGGAUUGGUGGUUCCCUUUGGCUAUGUUCCUUGGUUACAUGCUGUGUAUGCCAGCAUAGGAGCUGUUGUCUUCACCAUGUUCUUGGCCUUUGAUACACAGCUGUUGAUGGGAAACAAGCAAUACACCAUAAAUCCUGAGGAAUAUAUCUUUGCCACUCUAAGUCUUUACAUGGACAUUGUGUACUUGUUUACAUUCCUGUUGGAUAUGUUUGGCUAUGGGAGAGAAUAA